AUGUUUCAUGGUUCGGCGAUCGCGGCGAAAGUGUUUCACGAAACCCCUGUACCAUUAGCGUCCAGUAACUAUGCACGUCAUGGACAAACGACAAGAAAGCAAACUCUACUCAAUCUUCUCGAGGCUUUGAAUGAGCUGAACCAGGACAACAUUGAUGAACCACCUGCGGUUGCAGCAGACACCGGGUAUCCCUUGCAAGGCGACGAAGAACGAGAGUCCCCGAACGUCGAUGAACGUGUUCAAAUCGCUGGUGCCGAAGCUUUUGCACGAUUUGAAAGACGCAUGGACAGUCUUGACAAGGAGCUCCGGAAUUUCGCAAACGCGGCGCGACAGCUGGGCAGCUCAUCCGGCAUCCUCUCCUCGGCAUUCAAGCUUCGCGAGCGGCUCACCAAAGUUCUGUUCCUGUUCCGUGAGAACGCCGCCAAUCUGUUCCCGCGCAAAGUCCAACGGCAGUCCAAGGAGUCCCUUGUCAACCCGAAUCUCAUGGAUCGACGCAGGCGCGCGGCUGCCAAAACGAAAAACUUUCCGCAACCGCCGUCGGCGGGGCUCGUGUUGAACGAGAGCCUCGAUGUCGAGACAUUCCCCGACCAAAUGGAAAGCUUCGCACGCGAGGUUGUCGUUUUCCUUAACUGCCUGAACGAGUUCCCGGAGUUCACGGACGAAGCCGUGAAUGGCUCUAUUCGGUCCUUCGAGGUAGACCUGAAGUACUGGGCAUCGUGUCUGUACGAAUACAAAACUCAAUUUCGCUUUCCAGCGGUUCAACGCUACAUCCACGAUCUCACGUCCGAGAUAGGAGAUCACAUCGAUAAUAUCACGGUCGCGCUGUCGAUGUUUAUUGAGAUCGGUGUCCCCACCAUCCGCUUUGCUCAGCAGCACACGGCCUCCAAUCUCUUCAACCUGUCCACUAUCGCCACCUUCUUUUCAGCCGUCACUGCCACGACGCUGCAGUUUUCGUACGGUCAAACAGGGACUUUCAUCUUCGACCUUGUCAAUGCCUUGUGGUUUACAUCGCUCGUAUUCAGUAUUGCGGCGUCCGUCAACAGUCUAUUAGGUCUUACCUGGCAGCAAGCGAUAUACCGUUCACCCGGCCACCGUGUGCCGUGGUGGGUUUUGAUAUGGAUCAAACGGUCCCCUCUCGUCUUCCUCGUGAUUUCCGUCAGCUGUUUCUCAGCAGGACUCAUGCUUUUCGCAUACUCGACGGGUCAGGGGUAUGUAACCUGUACGAUCACCACGACCUGUACGGUAGUCACCUCGUUUGGCCUACUUGCUGUGUCCGCAUGGUUCGCUUCAGAGCGCUGGAUAUUCCUCAAGCACAGAGGCCAGGUCUGGCUUCAGGAUGUCCUCGUUGAGCGCAUCACCGUGUUCAUGCAAAACCCGACCGUACUUGCGACUAAGCGCGCUGCUGCCUCGUGCCGCGAGAAGAUGUCCGAAGUCCCGACGUCCCUCCGGCGUGCUUCAACUAUCGGUAGCUACGUGUUCAGCAAACGCGAGGAGGGCCCCGAGCUCCCCAUAUCCCGUCCCCCUGAUGGCAACGGCGACGGGGCUAGGGCAAGCAUGACUAUGAGUCCACCCGGUCGGGCACCCACGUUCUCUUCCAUCGUCAGCGCCAUCGCGCCGUCUACUACUCUUGGUAGGUCGGACCGCGAGGACGGGGACGAUGGGCGGAGCGAGACUGCCUCGACAACAAACUUUGACGCCCGGGAGCGGUUCAUCAAUGCGAUUCGCACGGUCAUAAUGGAAAGCAAGCGACCCAAGUUGCCCCGUCGGAUGUCCUCAGCGGCGGAGAUCAUCGCUGGCAUGUCUCCCAGCCGCUUCGCGGAACCGGCCGUCGCUGCGCUGAGGAGUUCAAGGUUGGCUGCACUCGCACCGAAGUUAAGGGCGCUGGAGAUUACGCAGGAGCUAGCGCCCCAUGGCGCUUUAGUCAGACAUAUGCAGUUUUCACCGAACGGGAAAUUCUUGGCUACAUCGAGCUGGGACAAAACGUCGGUGUUAUUCCGCGUCGGGGCACAACAAGAACCAUUCACGAUCCAUCGUCUUCUGGUGCACGCUCGUGGGUUCAUCGGCCAGGUGAAAUGGUGUCCCUCAGGGCAUAUGCUGUUGACACGCUUCAAUCGGGGAAUCAAAGUCUGGUCGGAUGAUGGCGUGUGUCGAAGGACCAUUGAGCGCUCACGAGGGAUACAGUCCAUUGCGUGGGUGCCUGGGGCAGAACACUUCCUAUCAGUUGAGGGAAACGAGGUUUUCAGAUUCGAUGUCGCAGGCCAAAUGCUUGACAACUACUUAUUCGGGCGCAUGCGAUUGCACAACGUCGCUGUCACGAAUGACGGCCAACGCAUCUUGGGCGUGGGCGCCUUGAUCUCUUCGCCCUCGGGACUUCAUCCGAGCAGGUCAAGCCGGGUCGAGAAACGUGUCAUUGUGUACAACAUGGAGUCUAAACAUCUGGAAAGUCAAAUACCAGUUUACAGCGAUGUCAAGGACAUAACAAUUUCCCGGAAGGCCAAUCUCGCCUUGAUCUCAUACGAAAACAAGACGCCUCCUCAACUAUGGAAGCUCGAGCUCGUCAAGGACCGCGACCACGUUUCAACCGUCAUGCGGCUCUCCUUGCGGCAUACCUACAUGCCGAAGUCAAACGUGGACUUCUCAGGGCCCAGCUAUUUCGGUGGUAAAGAAGACCAGCUGGUGCUAUGCGCUGGAAAAGCUGGCGACCUGCACAUCUGGGACCGCGACUCCGCGGUGCUGCUGCACUACAUCAGGCCGCAGGCGCUCGGCGAUGUCACGUGUAUAGCAUGGAAUCAAGCGACGGACGAACAGUUCAUGUUCGCGACAGGGAGCCACGAUGGGACGGUGAGGGUAUGGACAAAUCCGUCGGUCUUGGAGAGUAAGAACCAUUCGACAAGCUCGACGGAUGCGACCGCGAGCAGUCACCAUCCGCAUCCGCACGUAAACACGCACCAGCAACAACAACAGUACGCCAACGGCACUCCUCGCCCCAGUCAUCUUCUGCGAGCGGCCGGUCGGCUGGCGACCAUGGAGGAACCGCCAGACUCGCCGACGCCGACGAGUCCCACCAUGCCGGAUAUGUUCGUGAGGGUGUGGCCCGCACCCGAAGACAUCACUAUCCGCAAAGAGAACACUAGCAAGGACAGGAGAAACGGCAAAGAUAAGACACGGGAAAGGUCAAGAGAUAGUAGGGAAAGGCAAAGGGACGCGAACCGGAGCCUCGCCAACAACCACAGCCAGUCCAGCCUGGUUACGCCGACUGCGGACGACGGACUACACACCCCUGCGAGCAAGAUGACCAACGGCACCGGCAGCCGCUCGCAAUCUAGCCUGGGCAUGCACGCCGCUUACGGCGACAACUAUAACGACACUGACACGCGAUACACGCCAAAACACCACUACAGCCGCUCGAGCCUCGAUGUGCCUAAUCGUCGCGGGGAACACUCGACUUCGAGCCAUAAACAGUACGCCAGCUCGAGCCUGGACGUCCCGCGGGACGAGAACUAUAGCGCGAGCUCGAGCAUGGAGAACAUGAACGACCAGGGGGCGCGCGACCAGGCGCGCUAUUACGGGAGCGAGGUGAGCUUUGGGUCGAAGGACGUGCCCAAGAUGCCGUCGGAUUCGAUCCGAAACCGCGGGUAUGGAGGCGGGGAAUCGGGGCCUCCGAGGGAAGAUUCAAUGGGUACGCAGGAAUCUGGUCCGCCAGGAAGGUUUGAUGAAUAA